AUGGACUGCAACUAUACUGAGUCCGAGAACACGCUAAUCUAUUAUCAGCGGCGUCUUAAGCAGAUCAAUAGCGAGCUAGACAAGAUCAAGUCACUUUUGUACCCGCUCGCUACCGCACGCAACAGAGAAGCUGCCGCUGCAUGGGCUGUAGAGCUCGGAAAACAUGGGCUUCAGUAUUGCACAGCCGCAGAUAUAGAGCGCUCUCUUUCUUCAUCGGCAAAAGAUCUACAGUGUAUAACGGCCUGCCCUGCGAGUGAAGCCGAGCACGUCCAACUCGACUCGACAAAGAAGCCAACUUCUUGUCUUAUCCUCGCCAAUAUUUCUCGAGAUCCCCAACCUUCCUCGACAGCUAGUGUUUCCAAUGCGCCUGAUAACGUCCAAGAGCAGGGGGGAUCACUCAGUCCAGUAUGCGAUAGCAGCUACUGCCACCGAAGCCUCGGAGAGGAGGUUGCUGAAUCACUAUCCUGCCAGACCGCCCAAGCUGUGGUCUCACAAUGGGUCACCCAAGAACCGCCUUACGAGCUGGAAUCACAAACUAGACUAAGAUGCGUGGGUUUGGCGGAGCUACAGCUGAGUGAAGCUGACGAAAGCUUCGACGAGAGGCGGGCAUCAGCCUCUGCGAGCGGCCAGCAGGUCAUAUGCUCCUCGCCGACGACCGUCUUCUACCGAGGUCUUCAGAUUGUAGUGCUUGAGGGCUUUUCUCAAUACGCAGAUAUGCUAGUCCGUAACCAAAAGACCGCCAUUGAUCAGGGUCUAAUAUAUAGGGUAAACGAACCAACCCAGACAUACAUUGUGGGAUGGUUAGGCCUGCCAGUUCAGAUGGCUUGUGUCCAGCUAGUGUUGCCCUCGGGUAGCACACAGAAUCUAGAGAAAAUACCCGCUACCCCUAUUUGCCUGGUCAAGAAGCACGACUUGGUAAGGGCAGGACUAGUCCUAGUCCCUCUACGUACGUGUUGGCGGCUCUCGCGCAGUGGAUCGAGAUGGAUAGACCUGACCUCGCUAGAAGAGAGCUAUAGGCAGUUUCUAGAGGAGUACGUGAUCUCUGUAUCUUUAGAGAACCCUCUCGUUAACGAUCAGCAGCUUAUCUUGCGUCGCUUCUGCUUGAAUGCAGUGGAUCACUACGCGACAAAUGUAGCGGAGCAUAGCCGGUCGUGCGAUGGGUGUUAG